AAUUACUACGAUAGAAAAUAAUCCGUUUCCGCGUUGCCUCCUCGUUUUCUUUCUCCUCUCUUUCUCUUUGAACCGAAAAGGGGAAAAAGGAAGCCCUAAACAGACGUUCUACACUGAACAUAAAGGCCUUCAUCUUUCUCCCUCCUGGCGAUCACGCUUCGUUCUCAGAUUAUCCUUUCUUCCGUAGAAAACGAAAAAAAUAAAAUUAUUAAUAAUAAAAAUAAAAGUUUGCGUCCAUUGAAAGACUUGUUCUCCUUUAGAGCUGUUGAACGGUAAAAUCGUGAAGUGUUAAGAAAGAAGUUGAAUAAAACUCUUCAACUGGUCUCCUCCAGAUUUAGGAAGGCCAUGAGCGAUUGUUGAUCUCUGAUUUUUUUUUUCAAAAAAGAAUUCGUUUGAGAAUAAUUGCUUGGAAUUGGUUAUAUUGCAGUGGUGGUUCAAAUCUGAGUUCUGAAUUGCAGUCUGGGAUUUCUAAAGAAUUAACUCAAGGUUUGUAGUAGUAGAAGAAGAGGAGGAAACGAGUGAAAGAAAUGGCACAGGACAAUGGCAAAGCAGAAACCGAAAAGCAUGAGCCUGCUGUAAGCAGUGAAAAGAAGCGCAAGGGCUUUUUGUCUCGAAUGUGGAAUGGCAUUUUUAGGCUUCACAAUGAUGAUUUUGAGAAGAGAUUGCAGAACAUAUCUAGGGAAGAAGCUGCCGUUUUAGCUAGAAUGAAGAAGCGAUCCCUUACCUGGCGAAAGAUGACUAGGCAUCUGAUUAUUUUCUCUGUCAUUUUUGAGGUAAUUGCAGUAGGUUAUGCUAUCAUUACAACAAGAUCAAUGGAUCUAGACUGGAAGAUGAGAGCAUUUCGAGUUUUGCCAAUGUUUCUUUUGCCCGGUUUAUCAUCUCUUGCUUAUUCGACAUUUGUGAGUUUCACAAGGAUGUGUGAUCGCAAGGAUCAGAAAACUCUGGAAAGGCUGCAGGCUGAAAGGCAAGCGAAAAUUGAUGAACUUAAAGAAAAGACAAAUUACUACAUCACACAGCAACUCAUUCAGAGAUAUGAUCCUGAUCCAGCGGCAAAGGCAGCAGCUGCAACUGUGCUUGCAUCUAAGUUGGGUGCAGAUUCUGGCCUAAAAGUGUAUGUGGGUGGAGAUGAAGCUAAGCUUAACAUUCCAACAGGAAAGAGCAAGGAUGAUGAGUUUGUGCCAGCAAGCGGCCUUAGAAAUAGAAAGCAAGUGCGCACUAGAUCUAGCAGUGCAGGGAGUUCUCCAGUGCACCAUUCUAAUGAAGAAAUGCUAUAUUCUGGAGAAAGUGAAGAUAAACAUAAUCAACUUGUUGUUCAGCAUCACAAUCCAGAGUCUUCAGUGGUGCAUGAUGGAGGGUGGAUUGCUCGAUUAGCAGCAUUACUUGUAGGCGAGGAUCCUACACAAUCUUAUGCAUUGAUAUGUGGCAACUGCCAUAUGCACAAUGGCCUUGCCAGGAAGGAGGAUUUCCCAUACAUCACUUACUUCUGCCCACACUGUCAUGCAUUGAAUCAACCAAAACAAUCAGAAGAGAGUGUUUCUAAUUCAAAUAUGGGCACUCUUAAGGCUGGUGGCAAUGUUGAAGCUGUCAACAAUGCCAGUAACCCCCCAAGUGACAGCAUUCUACAAAGUAACAUCCCUACCAGAGCUGAUUCAGAAAAUGAUGAAGUAGCUGAAAUGCCAGCGACAUGAGAGUUGGCUACUUAAGAGUCGUCAUAUAUGAUUACAGGUGAUAAGUUUGAUCUUGUUCUGCCUUUCAUCAGAUCUUUGAUUGCAGUUUUGAGUGCUGGGAUGUUAAUAUUGUGUAUGCUUGAGAUUCGGUGGUUGGUACUUUUUGUACUUUAUGAUGUAUAAAUAUAUCAUGGCUGGAAAUUGUAUCUGCUCCUUAUGUCUAGCUUACGGUUGAAGGCCCUAUGGGGUUGUCUGUUGUAGAACACUCUUCAUUUCUGAUACAUACUUGUGUUACAGAAAGCCUAAAAAAUGAAUGAAAUGAUAAUCAAAAGUAUCUUCAAUUAACAA